CUUUGAAAAAUCUACCAACACCUUUCAUUUUAAAAGUGGUAUGAUGACACCUACCCUGUUCGAUGUGUCAGCUAUCACAGGGUUAAGACCCACUGGCAAAACUUACAGCCCUGAUGAUGUUAGUGAUAACAUCACUUUAAACUACAAAGAAAACGCCUUUUCUGCCUUUAUCCUCAAACAUUCAGGACCUGAGAAUGAAGAAGUCUCAGAUGAAGAACAUGUGGCCUUUCUCACUCUAUGGCUAUCCCAUUAUGUAUUUUGCUCUCGAUCUCUCCAAAUUGCUAGGAAAUUUAUACCCAUGGCUGUGCAAAUACAUGAAGGAUGCCAUUUUGCCUUAGGACGCCUUCUGCUGGCAACUCUGUAUGAGUCGAUUGGGGAAGUUUGUGAUAACCUGAAAGGUUUAGUUCCUGCCAAGUCGAAAUCGAAGAAAGCUGCGCCAGAUGGAUGUUUUCAAGCUGCUGGGCCAAUGUGGCUAUUACAGUUGUGGUUAAAUGCCACCUUUGAAAAAGAACUUGGUUUGUUCAUUCCCACUGAACAUCACGCUUCGAUAGCUAAAAGGAAAAUCGAAGGUACUCGUUUAAUAAGGCUUCAACCUAAUCCCCUUGAACAGAACUCUCAACAGCUAUUCAUGAAGUACAUGAAAAUUUUCUUAGCCAUCGACCAAUUCAAGCCUGAACACGCUCCAUUUGUGAAGAGAACCAUUGGUCCCUCCUGGUUCGUCAAAGAGAUACCAGUGUUGAAUCCUAACGCUGAGGAGGAAAUAAAUGAAACCUGGACAGCAUAUUUAGAUCCUACCAUCCUGUCAAUUCGAAUUGGUACCCUAUCUUCUGAAUAUGCAUUAAUUGGGUAUCAACCGAACUUGGUUUCUAGACAGUUUGGCUUUUCACAGCUUCGACCAAAGAGCAUGUAUAUAAGGAAGAAAAACAUCGUGCUCGGGACAACUGUGACUUCCACUUUGUAUGAAAGGUACAUGAAGAUUAGUCGUGAUAACGUUUAUGGCUUCGAGCCAUUUGACUUCAACCUUUCUUACUACUGUACACAAGAGUUUGCCAACUGGUGGAGGCGAUAUUUCGACAGCAAACACCUAGGAGAUGCAGUGCUUAUCUCGAGGUUGGAGAGUGGGUUUACUCGACCUCAGAUAAAGAGAAUCGAACAGCAAGUCAAGACUACAGUUACCAAAAAACAAGCUGCAGAUUCUGCUAAAACAGUUAAAGAGAAAACAACAUCAAAGUCAGUUGAGUCUGAAGAGCCUUCUAAGGCACGUAAAAGACCAACCAACGUCCCUUCCACUGAGACUGGCCCAUCGAAGAAGCCAAAACCUAACACAAUAGUCGUUAGUGACGAAGAAGAGGUAUAAGUUUUUCCUAACUUAUUUCCAAAGUUCCUCUCAACUCAAAUCCAUUAAUUCAAAUACUUCUUGUUUCGACUUCUAUUUGCAGGAAGAAGAAGAACAAAGUUUCCAGAGAAAGAGGGGCCAGCCUUCUGUGAUUAUUGAAACAAAUAUCCCAGAAACUACUUCUGAUAAUCUUUCUACUGAAGAGAAAGAAAGGAAGAUGAAAGAAAAGAGAGAGAAGCAGGAAAGGAAAGCGAAGAGGAAAGAGGAAAAGAAGAAAGAAGGAAAGAAAAGUUCAGAGGAUCGAACCCGGGAUAAAAAACAUAGAAAGUCAAAGUCCUCAAGUGAUCCUUCUGCAACCAACCUUAAAUCUCCUUCGAUCUCGAAUGAACAACAAGAGCCUAUCCCUGACGCUGAAGUUCAAGAAGAUGCUGCUAUGCCUGAUGCUACACUCAAAGAAUCGGACAACA